AUGGACCCUGACUGUGACCGGGACCCUGAUCUGAAUGGCUUCUCAGGCUCCAGGGCCCCAGAACCGGUGGCAUUUGAACCUCAGGGGUUAAAUAGGUUCAGCUACUGCACACCUCUGAGGUGCCGGCACACAGUUGGGUGCUAUAGACAGCGAGAAUCUCUGCUGGCAGCGCUGGCCCCUGGUCUCCUGCCUGCGGCCCUGGCCACCACAGAGGUAUGGCAGUUCCCCUCCUACGCAGUCACCCCAGAUGGGGGCUCCAUCAACAUCACCUGCUCCACCCGAGGACCCCUGCUCGGGCUCUACCUGAUAAAAAGUAUUUGGCAAAACACAACCAAUGUGAUAUACCACGGUGUUGGGGCGACACCCACUGUGGAUCGGCGGUUCAAGGGCCGCAUCGUCUUCUCGGGGCCGACGCACAACCUGACGGUCACCAUGCACCGCCUGCAGCAAGCUGACUCUGGUGCCUACAUCUGCGAGGCCAUCACGAUGAACCAGAAAGUCUGGGGCUCGGGCACCUUGGUGGUGGUGACAGACACAGUGUUCUACGUGUCAAGCACGUGCCAGGAGACCUCACUGGUACACACCUCCUUCCCUGUGGUCCUGGCUGUGGGCCUCCUCGUCGUGCUGGGCCUGGGGGUCGUGUGUGUGCUGAGGUGGACGCAGAUCAGAAAACUGUGCUGGGCCAGGAAGGAGAGCUCGGUGUGUGUGGUGUAUGAAGACAUGUCCUGCAGCCGCCGGGACACCGUGAGCACCCCCAACCACUACCAGCUGUGACCGGCCUCUCCGGCCCAGCACUGUUCCUGACCCCCCCCCCCGGAAGUCUUCCGUGCAUGCCUCGCCCCUCGAGGUGCCGUGCUCACCCCACCAGGCGGACCCUGGCAGGUCCCUCACACGGCAGGAGGGGCUCCUUCUUUCCACAGGCUUGAGCCCCACAGCAGGCAACCUGGGUUGAGCCCCCAACCCAGGCUCGCCAGAAAUAAAGUGCU